CGAUGGGCCUGAUGGAUAAGGAUCCCCCCCCAAAUGUCCACGCAAUAUUCACCGCACGACCUUACUCCCCCGUCAUGCGAGGGUGCCCUUUGCGUUGGGAGGUCUUGGGAAGUUUUCAGUGCCACAGUUGCCCCUUCUCGAUGAUCAUGCCCGCGGCCCAGUGCCAUUCUCCUUAACUUCCGGAAUGCUUUGCCCGUGGACUCUGCCUUAAGCGCACGCGGUCGAUCACCGCGAGUCCUGUAGCCUGUUGAUAAUGGAAGGCACUUCCUCCUUCGGCGGUACGGGCUCAAGCCUGGCAAAAGCGGUGGUGAUUGUUGCUGGUGUGUCAGCGCUGGUAGCUUCGCUGCUCUCUUUACUGUCCAUAUGGCUUCAAACUAAAAACUAUCGAAAACCACUACUCCAGCGAUAUGUCGUCCGCAUACUGUUGAUGGUCCCCAUAUAUGCGGUGUCUUCCUGGUCUAGCAUCGUGUCGCUGAGAGCGGCGAUGUGGCUGGACCCCAUUCGCGAUGUCUACGAGGCGUUUACGAUUUAUACCUUCUUUCAGUUACUCAUCAAUUUCCUUGGAGGCGAGCGGGCAUUGAUCAUAAUGACCCACGGCCGUCCUCCAGUUCAACAUGCUUGGCCAAUGAACCACAUCCUCCCCAAAGUGGAUAUCUCCGACCCUCAGACCUUCUUGGCCGUCAAGCGUGGGAUCCUCCAAUAUACGUGGCUAAAGCCGAUCCUCGCCAUUGCUUCCAUUGUAAUGAAAGCGACAGACACAUACCAGGAAGGCUAUCUGGGCUUGACAUCUGGAUACCUCUGGACAGGUAUUGUGUACAAUGUCAGCGUCACCAUAAGUCUCUAUUCCCUGGCCAUGUUCUGGGUCUGUCUGCACAAUGACUUGGCGCCAUUUCGUCCGGUCCCUAAGUUUCUGUGCGUCAAGCUUAUUAUCUUUGCCUCGUACUGGCAGGGCUUCUUCUUGUCCAUUUUGCAAUGGCUGGGAGCUCUAUCUAACGGUGUUGCGGGAUAUACGCCCGACAACCUUGCCGCUGCAAUUCAGGACAGCCUAAUCUGCUUCGAAAUGCCCAUCUUCGCCAUCACCCAUUGGUACGCCUUCUCCUGGCAUGACUAUGCCGACUCCUCCAUCUCAGCUGCCCGACUGCCCGUGAAGUAUGCCCUUCGCGAUUCCUUCGGCAUUCGGGACCUCAUUGAGGACACGAAGAUGACUCUCCGGGGGGAGAACUACGAGUAUAGGCUUUUUGAUUCCGGGGAUCACAUUAUUCCCCACGCUGAAUCGAACUCUCGAGUCCGGCGAGUGAUGCACGGCAUGAGGUAUGAGCGUGGGGGCAAAGCCAAGUAUUGGAUUCCGAAGCCCGGCGAGGCCAAUAGUCGGACUCCGUUGCUAUCAGGGUCCGAAGGAAGCAGUCGUGAUCGACGUAGCAGCAUGCUAAGUCGAUUCCGUUCACACAGUGAUAUUGAUGAAACAACCCUAGAUGAAGAUGAUGAGAGACUCUUCACCAAUGCACGCGCCCUAGAAUUUGGCGAUUGGAAUUAUCCGGUGAUUCUGGCCAAUGAAGUGCCGGAGGAUCAGCGUCAGGCACACCAUCGACGUUCACCACAGCCACAAGUGUCUGGAGCAGUUAAGCGGUCGCGGAGGCACCGGAAGUCUCGCGCAACAAAUGGUGGGGGUACAUCACGGAGCGAAGGCAGCUCCCACAGUCCUCGCAAGGAGCACUCCAUCGGUCCCAGGGCCGUCCGUCAGGAGACCAGCUCAUCGAUUUCCCAUGGCUCUCAUCGUAGCCAGCUGGUGGACCUUGUAGUGGAGGACCAAAAGGCAGAAGAAGCGGAGAGAGAGCACACUCAGAAGGCGUUCGGGUCGACAUGGCUCGAGCCCGAACAAAGACAUUUCCAGUAUGUUUCUGCGUCUAUUUCCCGCAAGCUGAAUGGGACUAGAGUAACCUUUCAAUCCAGGAGGCCUUCCGGGGAACCAGUUGAUGAACGGCCAAGCUAUCUUCAAGAUAACGCAGGGGCAUCGGGAGAAGGCGCCGAGCCUGCAAGCCAGUCCGGUAGGGAGAAUGAUGACGAAGCGGCGACACGGCAGAAUUGGACAUAUGGAGAGUUGGAAGAAGACAAUGUGUGGGAUCGGUAGGAGGCAAGCACAAAAACAUACCAGUCAUUGGAGGGGCGUGAUGUGGGUGGGCAUCUGCAGCAAAUAUCUUCGAGGCAUAGGAUAUGUAAGAUGAAUGAAACCGUGGAAUGAUUUAUUUAUCGGAUGGCAUCGGGCAACCGCUUGGGAGGGGGUGAGGAAUCUACGAGGUGUGUACGAAGUGUGUACGAAGUACGAGGGGACCGCCAGCAGGGGAAGCUUUCGGGUCGAGGUGCCACACUCAGGCACCGAGUAACCUAUGUACAUGCUUUACGACUAAGAGGGUUGCUGUGUGAAUCCAGGCUGCUGCCAGCCGGAUCACACGCAGCCAAUGAUCCGAGCAAAUGGGGCCUGCCCAUUAGGCGCCGACCAGGCCCUGAGAGACGGGGGUGACAUGGCCACGGGUGAGAAUGGGAUGUGUGAUAGCUGCAGCGACGACCA